GCAAAGCUAGUAUAAAAAAUAUUAGAUAAGUUUGAUCAUUCACAUGUCUUUGCAGAUUAAGAGACUUUUUAAAAGCUUUGCUCCGGUUAGACAGUUAAUUAAACAUAAUCAACUUCGAUCAAUAAAUUUUGCCAACGCAUCAUUUAUUCAUUUAUGCUCGAGAGUUGAAAUUUGUAUCCGUCGCUAUAAAACCACGAAAGCCCAAUCAGUAACUAGUAAUUGGGGUUCUAAAAAAAUCAAUCGUGAGGUGCGUUUACAUUUGAAGGAAGUGAUGACGAAUCCAGAAGUUGAAAUCCAAUUAGCACCCUUGCGUGCCUUAGUUCUUGAGCAAGGUAACUUGGUGCGUGAACUUAAAUUGAAUGGAGCUUCAGAAAUUGAUAUUAAAAAAGCAGUCGCAGAAUUGAAAUUGCGUAAGAAAAUUUUAGAAGACCGAGAAUUGGAGUUGACACCUAAUGUGGUUACAUUUGACCGUGCACGAAUGGAAGACCUGCUUAAACGCAGAUUUUUCUACGACCAAAGUUUCGCUAUUUACGGUGGCAUCACGGGACAAUAUGACUUCGGACCCAUGGGCUGCGCUUUAAAGUCGAACAUUUUAAGUUUAUGGCGACAAUUUUUUAGCUUGGAAGAACAGAUGCUGGAAGUUGAUUGUUCUAUACUGACGCCUGAGCCUGUCCUUAAAGCUUCCGGUCACGUAGAUCGCUUUGCAGACCUGAUGGUAAAAGACGUUAAAACUGGCGAAUGUUUUCGUUUAGAUCACUUAAUUAAGAACGCUUUGGAAAAAUUAAGCAAAGAUAAAAAUACCACACGCGAAAUCAAAUCUGAGUGUGAAGAUAUCGUAGUUAAACUAGAUGGUAUGAAUAAAGCGGAGAUGGCUGAGAUUCUUAAUAAAUACAAUGUUAAGUCUCCGUUGACAGGUAACGAUUUAAGCGAACCAAUAGAAUUUAAUCUUAUGUUUGCCACGCAAAUUGGACCCACUGGAUUAGUAAAAGGUUUUCUACGACCGGAAACUGCUCAAGGCAUUUUUGUAAAUUUUAAACGUUUGCUCGAAUUUAAUCAAGGGAAGCUACCCUUUGCGGUAGCACAAAUAGGGAAUUCAUUCCGUAACGAGAUAUCGCCGCGAUCCGGUUUGAUACGUGUGCGAGAAUUUACGAUGGCCGAGAUAGAACAUUUUUGCGAUCCCAACCAAAAGGAUCAUCCCAAAUUUGAUUACGUAGCUGAGACACAAAUGACCUUGUAUUCGGCCUGCAAUCAAAUGGACGGCAAUUCUGCUAAACGAGUAACGAUUAAAGAGGCAGUAAAAUCUGGCUUAGUCGCUAAUCAAACAUUAGGCUAUUACAUGGCUCGCAUUCAUCAAUUCUUGUUGACAAUAGGUAUAAAAACGGAAUGUCUGCGUUUUCGUCAACAUAUGAGCAAUGAAAUGGCUCAUUACGCUUGCGACUGUUGGGAUGCUGAAUGUCUAACCAGUUAUAGUUGGGUUGAGUGUGUGGGAUGUGCGGAUCGUUCUGCUUAUGAUUUAAGCCAACAUAUGGCUGCUACUGGAGUUCGUCUAGUAGCUGAAAAGCGUUUGCCUACUCCUAAGGUAGUGUCAGUGUCGGAAAUUGUACCCAAUAAACAAACCUUAGGUAAACUUUUCAGAAAAGAUGCUAAGGCUAUAAUUGACGCGUUAGGUAAACUAACACUAGACGAUAUUAAAACAGUUGGAGAUCAACUAAAUGAAACUAGUGAAUAUUCACUGACCAUAGCGGACGGUAACAUUUUCACGUUGCCUGCAGAUACUAUAACCGUUAAGAAUACCAACAAAACAGUGCAUGUCGAAGAAAUAAUACCCAGUGUAGUGGAGCCUUCCUUUGGAAUUGGACGCAUUAUGUAUGCUUUGCUUGAACAAAAUUUCCAAUGUCGUGAUGGCGACGAACAGCGCUGCUAUUUUACUUUGCCUUCAGUAAUAGCACCUCUCAAAUGUUCUAUAUUACCAUUAUCUAACAAUACGGAAUUUCAACCAUUUAUUCGAAAGCUGUCUCAAGCUCUAACAAGAGUUGAACUGUCCCAUAAAGUUGACGAUUCUAGUGGUUCUAUCGGUCGUCGGUACGCUCGUACUGAUGAAAUUGCUAUACCUUUCGGUAUAACAGUGGAUUUCGAUACGCUCAAAAAGCCUCAUACAGUAACUUUGCGUGAACGCAAUACUAUGAAACAAAUUCGUAUUGACAUUAAUGAGGUAAUCGAAGUUGUGAAGGAACUUUCGGUUGGUCGAAUGCAGUGGUCUGAGAUUCUAACGAAAUAUCCGCUGUUCGAACAACAAGAAGUUACAAAAUAAUUCAAAAGUUAUCUUAAAAUCUGAAAUGCUUGUACUAAGUAUAUGCUCUUUUCCGUUAAUUUGUUAUGCUUCAACUAUUUUUAACAAUUUAUUGCAUUUACCAACUACAAAAGAAAACAGAAUUAUAUGAAAAAUGAAAUUUGGUUACAAACAAUAAACUGCUUACAAUCAAUAUAUAUUCAUUAAACGAAGUUAUGAAUGGAACAGUUCCUUUUGUACAAAUUUCUACUAUUUUCUUAUCAAAGGAAACCGCAAGCAAGCGUUAUUAUUGUCAGUUCUUAAGUGAUACUGGUGUUGAAUCGGACAACGAGAAUAAUGCGAUUUCUAAUAUUGUAUACUUCUUAUUCUCGGGCGUUCAACAUAAGGGAAUUGUGGCAGUAUCAGAUGUGAAGGUAUAAUUCAUCCAGGACCCAAUUUCUAAGCAUAAACAGAUGAUUAACGCAAAGAAUGAGUGAGCAUAAAGGAUGCUUUACUUUUAUAUAAACCAUAGCGCACAUUCAUAAACACUUAAAGCCAUAGAAUUGAAAUUUCUCCGUAUUUCUUGAUAUGAAAAUCUACACUGAAAUUUGCUGGAGCAUUUGGCGAACUUCUAGAAUUUAGAAUUCUUCAAUGUGAAUUAAACGAUGCAGAAACACAAGAAGUCCAAAAUAAUCUCUUAGUGUGGAUUUGAAAUAAAUGUUGGGCUAUUUGCUAUUUAAUUGCUUUUGAUAGUACCAACCAUUAUACCAAAUUCAUUGAAAUAUCGUAACAUUCUCACCAUUAGUUUAUAAGUUACAAUCACUUUACUAAUGCUACUUUUAUUUUUUUCAAAAACUACGGAAUAACGUGAAUUUCGUGUAGCAGAGAUAUCAUUCCCUUCGAGAAUAAUAUCAUCAAUACAUUCAGAAAUCGGAUUAUUGAAAAAUUAAGAAAAUAAAUUUCUAGUCUCCUCCGUGCAGAAAUUAGUGAAGCUUAAAAACAACUUAUUAGACAAAUAGAAAUUUAUAUGAAAACUACCAAACAAAGCGGUUUUGUUUGGCAAUUUUCGUAUAAUCUUAUAAUAAUCAAAAUGUGAAAUCUAUAUACAAAUUUUUUAAAUGAAUUUAUAUAUAUACUUGAUCGAAGAUUUAGUGUGUUUGGACAGUCCAUAUUAUUUAUUUUUGUCCUACUUCUUUCUGACCGUCACCAUGGCACUUAUUAUGUAUGGCGUUAACUAAGUUUCAUCUCUUGACCUUUUUUUGUCUAUGUAUGCGCAAGACGUGCGAAAAAUGCUUCUUCAAAAUUGUCAAAACCUACGUAAGCAAAAUUGCUCAUGCUUUUCUUUAGUAUUGGUUGUUUAAAGCUGCAUUUAUAAAGGAAAACAGCUGCAAAUUGAAAAAGAAAAAAAAAUUCCGAACGACAUUGUUUACUCACAAAAAGCUGAUCCAAAGUAAAAAAUUUAAAAUUUUUGAAAGUAAGUAAGUUUAUUCUUUGUUUUUUGAUUUUCACUCCAUUUGUAUAAUUAAUACUCUUAAUUCAUCAAAGUUUGUAUUAAUGCCAAUGUAAAGGAGUGGUUUUUUUCUUUUCUUGUGACACCGUCUUGUAUAAUAAACGGUUAUCAAAAUAUUCCUGAUACUUAUAGAAAUGGUUGGAUUCGUAGACGGAACUCACGUAUAUUUUCGUAAGCCCGCACAAAAUGGAAAACGAUUCAUAAACCGAAAUGGCAAGCAUGGUCUGAAUGGAAUGGUGGUGAAUUAUUCUAUAUGCAUAUAUAUUUUUGCGUAUACACAUAUAAAUAUCUUACUCGUAAGUUUUGCCACUACAUAGAAAUUAUGUCGCAAAAUUUUGAUUUCCGGGAUGAAGUCACGAGUUGCAUGAGUGGAGAUAUUCCAAUAAAAGAGCUUACCUGGAAGAUCGUUGAACUGGAAAUGACAAUAAGACUGAAAGCGGAUACACUGUAGAACCGCGAUUAGUGACGCUGUAAAUAAUUCCAACAGAUUCCAUCAAGCAAAAAUACAAUGAUGUGCAUUUAAAGACAAGGAAUAUUGUUGAGAGAUUCAUUGGUGUACAUAAAAGUCGAUGGCGCAUUUUAAUGGAAGAAAGACAAAAUUCAACAUAUUUUUGACGCGGUACGUAUUCGUUUAUAAAGACGCCUGUCAGCCAAAAUCGUGUCUGCGCAACAAUCGGUUCAAUACUGCCGACACUAUCCCGGUUUCGAGAUACUUUGAAUUUCUACAAACUGCAACUAAAUUGAUAACCAGUAAUUUACAUAAGAUGUAACACUAUUACCUGAUAUAAACCGUCAAACAAAGGUUGCCUUGCACGCAGGAAUCAUUUAAUGGCAAAUAAUAUAAAUAUUCCAUUUACUGUUUUGUUCAUUUUUCACAGCAGGCCUAUCAACUUCGUUUUGUAUACAAUUCGAAAACCGACGCUUGAUUUUUUCGUGCUUAUUUUAAAUAAAAGAUAUCAAACUACACAUUACCAUAGAGAAAAGAAUGUACCACAAAAUUUCUACGAUUUUGCUUUAAAAUGUACCAAAAAUUUGAACUAAAUUCGAUCAGUCGCUUGGAAGUUGUAACCAUAGGAAAAAAAGCGAAAAUCUGUACUUACUUGCUAUUUAAUGAUAGGCGCCUGUCGUUCCAGAAAGUUUUGGGACAUAAAUAAACAAAAAAAAAACCGGGUUUACAGAGAUUUCCACAGAAAAAUAUUGCCCGAUAUUCUUUGAUGCAAUAGAUAUUUCUCGCAAAUAUAUCGUGGUCAUCUCUUUUACAUACGAAAUAAAAGCUGAAAUGGUUGCAAACUACUUUUCAUAUAACAUGGGAUUUUUCUUGAACGUGAAAGAAUGCUCAGUACAAAAAAUUAUUUCGGCAUGCGGUAGCAUGCGAUAAAUUUUUGCUUGCAAAUUUGUUUUUUAUGUAAUUCGAACAGGUGUCGUCAAUCGUCGCUAAUUCCUACUAACUCCACUUGAAUAUCCAACCUGCUUUUAGGAAAUUUAUUCAAUCAAUUUGAUUGCUACCACACAGUCCAUGAGAAGAAUCUUGUCAACUGCAGUUGAAGCCGUCAAAUUACGAAAUAAUCUUCAUCAGUAUCAAUUCAAGAAUUCUGAAAGCUUUAAAACCAU